AUGAGCGGGUACGUCCGCCUAAACCCGGGCCUGGAAGCGACAGCCCGGGCGACUGCGACGGCCCUAAUGGAUGAUUUGGGCUGUUUGGCGUGGUGGCAACCUGGGUCAGUGACUGCGGGUCACAUUUCAAGAAUCAAUUGA